CCUGAAACCAAAAUAAAAGAGCAUUCAGUACCGACCGCAUAGAGGGGACUGCCUACAUUUAGCCGGUUCUGGCUACAUUUCUGCAUCGAGAGAGAUGUCUCGGCGUCUGAGGAUAGAACCGGCGAACGGGAGGCCGCAGGCACCGAAGACAUAACGCCGAGAGGGCCGGAGCCCUUUCCUUCUGCCUCCGUACAUAACGGGGAGCAGGACCGCACGCCCGGUCCCCGCCAAGAAAUGGAGGGUCUACAAGGCCAGGCCCAGAUACCAGCAGCGCCCAACUGCCCCAGCACACCAACAGCAAGAAGCCACUCACGUGAAAGACGUCCUUCGAAAGACCCGUACGGCCGCGGAACACGUUUAUGUAAGCCCGGAGUCCGCCCCUCCCCUCGCAUUGCGAUUGGUCCGUGGGUGCAAGGCGGGCGGAGCCUUUGCGCCAGGCGGAACCUGCAGGCAGAGCGGAAGUGCGGCUCCACGCGUGUGCCUCAGAGUACCGCUAUGGGACCUCCCGGAGGAAAGAUCAAUCGUCCCCGCACGGAGCUGAAGAAGAAGUUAUUCAAGCGCCGGAGGGUGCUGAGCAGGGAUCGGCGACGGAAGCGCCAGGUGGUCGGGGCUGUGAUAGACGCGGGGCUGACCACAAGGCACCACCUCAAGAAGCGGGCAUCCAGUGCACGUGCCAAUAUCACGCUGUCCGGGAAGAAGCGCAGGAAACUCCUGCAGCAAAUCCGCCUUGCUCAGAAAGAAAAAGCAGCCAUGGAAGUGGAAAACCCCUCCAAGUCAUCCAGGACUAGUGAGCCACAGCCCAAAAGACAAAAGAAGAUGAAAGUUCCCCAGGAUGUAGAUAUGGAGGAUCUGGGAGAUGAGAGCUAAGCCCCUACCUCUGCUAUGAGAAGAUUCUCAACAGCAGCCAGAGGAUUUGGAGGACUUUGGAGAAAAUACUACCAUAUUUCACUCUCCCAGACACCCUUGAGUGGCCCACUGACCUUCCCUGGAGUUACAUAUUGGGAGGGAAGAAGAUGCAGAAAAAGACUGGAGAGGUCCCGCUCUAGCAACCAACUCCUCUUGUAAUAAAGCCCUGGAGGGUUAA